AUGGGUGGUGUUCCCUUCAAAUCUACAGGGUGCAAUACGUGCCGACGCCGAAAGGUGAAGUGCGAUGAAACAAAACCUGAAUGCCUUCGCUGCGUCAAAAACGGUCAUGUCUGCACCGGCUAUGAGCGAAAUAGAGUCUUCAUCCAUAAGUCGUCAGACACUAUGGAAGACAAUCCCCAGAAACCCAUUCAACGAUCCAAAGCCGUCGCGUACAACUCAGGAGCGCGCAGGCCAACCCAAUUAGAACCAGAGAUCCCCCGGUUGAACGUCAAUACAGAGGUUCGGUCCCAGUUGCUCCAGUCCUUCAUUGAUUGGUAUUCGCCUCCAUCGCAAUACCUAGCCGGAGAUUCGAAAAGACACAUCCUCGAGAUUCUUCCGGACCUUAGCCGGGGUAGCCAACUUUUAGAUAAAGCAAUCACCUCUCUCUCUUCAGCCUUCCUCGCGAAGCAAAACAAAGACGAUCAUUUGCUGCAGUACAGCACCAGAUUAUAUGGCAAUGCGAUUCGGAUGCUACACGGCCAGAUAAACUCGGGCAACAUCCUCGGCAUGGACGUCUUGUACACGACUGUAAUUUUUCAAAUAUAUGAAUUGAUCAAUUGCUCGCCGCCGGGCUUCAUGGCAUGGAUAGCCCAUGUGCAGGGUAGCAAUGCGGUCAUAGGUCAAUGUGCUGAGCGGAAGGAUGAGUCUAUCGCAGAACAACUGUUCCAUCGUCAACUCAAAUACGUUACUCUAUGCGAUGCCAUUGGAAAACGCAAAGCGCCCGCAUUUCUCAGCUCUCCGGCAUGGCAAACUGGAUCGUCGCAAGGUACAGGGAAAUCCGAACCAAUUGAUGAACUUAUCGACAAAUUGGCAGAAUGUACCGUUCUCAUGGAAAGGGUCGAUCAUUAUGUUCAAUGCAAUGGACAUGGAAUUAUACACAACCGACAAACUGGCGAGCAAUUGCUGUCAUCAUGUCUUUCUCUCGAGAGAAGACUGCACGAAACCUGCAUUUCCAUGCAAAGGAAGCUUGGUGGCCCCUCAACGCUGCCCCCCAACACCCCCAUUUUGCAAGGAUUCCGCAGUUCCCUUUUUACAGACAUAUUUUCUGACCACCUUCAAUUCCCGUCCUUAACCUGUGCGGAGGCCCAUCAAACCUAUUGGACGACGUUGGUCCUCCUUUACCCGCUGAUUGACCAACUACUCGGCAUCCUUGGGCAGCCGGGGGAUGCUUAUACCUUAGCCAAAUCCUACUCUCCCUCCAGUGACCAAACGGACUGUGGUACAACUCCAGACUCGGAGAGUGCCGCAGAUUUUACAGCCCUGACCGAGCAUUAUGCGGAUGAAGUCUGUCGCACAGUUCUCUACUGUAUACAGCCUGAAAUGAAGACUAUGGGCGCGCAAAUGAUGCUGGCGCCUCUAAGCCAGGCUGCACAAUUCUACAAUGUGCAAGAGAUCAUCCCGAAACAUCAAUGGUGCCAAUCUGUCUUCAUGGCUUCGUCUCACUUGGGUCUUGGUAUUGGCCCUCUGCUCAAAGACAUGGUAUGGCCUAAAUACCGGAUUUCUCAGAGACAGAAGUCUAGUUCUUCCGGAGUGGAGUCGCCUGAAACUGGUUCAUGA